UCACGACACAGGAAUCUAAGGUACUAAACCCUCUUUCCGCCUCUCCCUCCUUUCCUUCCUUCACACUGCAACUCUGGUGCAGCGUUUCAUCUCCGGCAAGGAGGUACCAUUUUCAGUUAGAUGGCUUGUAGCCGCAACAUCUCCACCAAAGUGACCGCUCUCAGGAAAAGGUUCCACCCAUCUUUUAGCUGUAUUCUUCAUGACGAUGAUGGCAAAAGUCAGCCUUCUGUUGCAAAUUCAUCGCGACCUACAAUUGGUCAUUUCCGCCAAAGUGGUAUAGCUGCUGGUUUUGGUGCUCUGCAUCAAGACAGAAGAUGUUCUUCCUUCUAUCUCCCACCAGGGCUAGGAUCUUCGUUUUGUAGGCAUAUGUCGAGUGCUAUUGCUGAAAGUUCAGAUAAGAUCGAGUAUGUGAGUGAUGUUGCAGAUGUCCUCACGGAGAAGGGUGUGGAAGUGGCAGUCACCCAGGCUCCUGUUGUGAGCGAAGUGGCUAUUGCAGCUGCCGAUUCUUUCUAUCCUGUUGCAGCCUUGCAGUACUUUAUUGAUGGUAUUCAUUCUUUCACUGGAUUGAAUUGGUGGGCAUCCAUAGCUCUGACAACUGUCUUGAUUCGAGGUGCUACAGUUCCACUCUUGAUAAAUCAACUCAAAGCUACUUACAAGCUUACUAUGAUGAGGCCACGUCUGGAAGAGAUCAAACAACAGAUGCAAGAUACGGGAAUGGAACCUAAUGCUGUUGCGGAGGGUCAGAAACGUAUGCAGGCACUAUUCAAGGAGUACGGAGUUACCCCAUUCACUCCAUUGAAGGGACUUUUUAUCCAGGGUCCUAUUUUUGUCAGCUUUUUCUGGGCUAUUUCGAAUAUGGUGGAGAAAGUUCCAUCUUUCAAAGGUGGUGGAGCAUUCUGGUUCACUGAUCUCACAACUCCAGAUAGUUUGUACAUUUUUCCAGUACUGACAUCAUUAACCUUCCUGAUAAAUGUGGAGUGCAAUAUGCAAGAGGGGUUGGAAGGAAAUCCUGUUGCUGGCACCAUGAAAAACUUUUCCAGGGUCCUUGCUGUUCUUACGGUUCCAUUUACCAUGAGCUUCCCUAAGGCAAUAUUUUGUUACUGGGUCACCUCCAAUAUCUUUUCAUUCUUGUAUGGAACAGUACUUAGACAAGCUGCAGUGAAGGAGUUUCUGGGUAUUCCCAAAUUACCUGUUGCACCUACUUCAGCUCCACAACCGGCCUUAUCGUUUUCAUCAAUGUUCAAACAACUUAAAGCAGUUGCAUCACAAUCUUCUGUAUCUCCCACUGAGCCAUUGAAGUCUGUCGACCGGAGAAAAUCUUCAUCUUCAGUAAUCAGUCAAAGGAUAAAGAGUUUAGAGAAACAAGUGAAGGGAAGAAAGAAGAACAAAAAGUUGUGACGAAUUUUGCAGCUCAAUAAUCAGAGCAUUUUUGGUUCACAUUGUGAGGUUUGAUUGGGCUUUGCAGGGAAAUAAAUGUGGCACUAAUUCAAAUUAAGGAUUCUGAGAGUAGUCGAUUGAUUCGCUGGGAGGGGAAAAAAGGAGGGUGGACACAAGAUUAUGCAUUAAUUGAGAGGUCUGGGAUGUUAUUUAAAAAUAUAGGAGUGAAAUUCCAUUUAUUGUAAUAAUUUUGAUUGAGAGCACUGUAACUGUAUUUCCUAAUCAGUGCAAUAUUUAGGGUUUUGAUCAUC